AUGUUGAAAGAUGGAACGAAUAUGAUAAAAAAAUCGUCAGGAAGUGGUGAAAUGUUUGCAGAAGAAACCAUGGAAGCGAUGAAAGUAAUUUGCUGGAGAUGCAAUCACCUCGUUGUUAGACGUAAUAACGGAAGCGGUGGAGGUGGCCGUGGAAGCAAUCACGAAGAAAAUGUAAAUCUUGAUAUGCAUUUAAGGCGACAAUAUAAGUCCAAUCUGGGAUUUUAUAAAAGAAAUUUAAUUAAACCUCUAGAUAGUUUUAAUUAUGCUUUCGAUGUCUGCACUAAUGACUACAUUGCAUCUUUAUACCAAAAACGAGCAACGGUGGAACAGCUCUGUUCCGGUGAUACUCGCAAUACUUACUUGGCACUUUCUUCUGCUGCAAAAAAAGACAUUACUAAAAUUGAAAUCUACAGUUUGCAAUCAAAUGAACUUCGGCCAACAAUUUCU